AUGACAUUAAAGCUUUCGGUUCUGCUUUCCUGCUUUCUUCUUCCCUUCACCUACGCCGCUCCAGCAUCAUACCCCAACGCACUUGCCUUAAUCGAAGAUCAAAGCGAUCUCACAAUCAUCAGAACCCUCAUCAACCGCGACAGCGAGCUCAUAUCCCUGUACAAAACCGUCAAAGACGUCACAAUCUUCGCUGCCCCAGACGACACCUUCCCUGCCAGAGACCUCGAUGUCCCUCCGUUCACAGACAAAGCAUUCGUCCGCGCCGUGCUACAGCAGAUCGUCGUAGAAGGCGUUCACUCCACCGACGACUUCACCCCCAAGCCCGUAUACUACGAAUCCAAACUCACCAACUCCACCUACGCCAACCUCUCCCUCGGCGCCGCCGUUGCUCGUCUCGUGAAGCUCAAUGACAAAAGCAAUUUCCUCGCUGGCGGAGGCGUGAGCGCAAACGUUCUUGACACCGGCGCCAAUCUCGCGUUCCAAGGCGGCCUCGUCCACAAAAUCUCCAACCCCAUCAACGUCACCUUCUCCAUCGCCGCCACCUUCUCCGACACCGCCCUCCCCGUCGCACCGAACUAUUCCAUUCUCAACGCCUCUGCGUUCGGCCUCCUCGACGCUCUUGAAGAAACGAAAGACGUCACGAUCUUUGCUCUCACUAACGAGGCCUUCGCUGCCGCGGUCAAGGGGUUUUUAAACAAGCCGCAGUGUUUGUCGCGCUCGGUUCUGGAUCUGCUGGGGGAGUAUGCGGUGGUUGGGGGCGUGUAUUAUGGGGAUAGCUUUGAUGGGAGGGGUGUGAAGACGCUUGGGGGGGAGAGCGUGGUGUUGAGCGGUGUGGGGGAGUUCCCGGAAUUGAGGGUUGGCGGGGCGAGGGUUGUUGUGCCGGAUGUUUUUGUGAGGAAUGGGGUUGUGCAUGUUUUGGAUGGGUAA